GAGAUAAGAAAUUGUUAUCUUUUGUAAAUAAAUAUUUUUAAUUAUAAACACAAUUGUAUUUUUACCCCAGUUAAAUUGGAUAAUCUUAACAUGACGUUAUAUUAUAAUACGAUUAGCUAAAUAUUGUGCGAGUAAUAUUGAACCGGCAAAAAAACUGAAAAAACAACAUUUUACAACGUACGUUAUUGUGAGAAGUGUUAAAUAAAAUGGAUGAAUUAUGUUGCGAAUCAAUAAUUGACUUUAAUUUUUUUGAAGUUGCCCAUAAGAAUAGUUUCGCAGUUUUAUUAAUAGCAUUAGAACAUCACGAACUUUACAAUUUUGAUCUUAAUUCCACGGAUGAAUGGGGAAAUACAAUUUUGCAUAUUUGUGCAACAAAAGGAAUAUUUAAUAGCCCAUCCAAAGCUAAUAUAAAUGGUUUAAACAAAAUAACAAAAAAACCUAUAGAUUUGGAGCAUAAGAACAUAUGCACAAAAAUAAUUAAUAUUUUGGUGGGGAAAGGAGCUUCUAUAAACAAACCAAAUCUCUAUGGAGAAACUCCUAUAUUUUCAGCAGUUAGAUCAAAAAAUAUUAAUCUAGUGAAAUUCUUUCAUGAAAAUGGUGCCUACUUAACUUAUUGCAACAAGAAUAAUGAAACCCUUCUUCAUAUAUCAGAAGAUUUAUCCAUAACAAAAUAUUUGGUUAAAAAUGGUCUUGAUGUAAACAAAGAAGCACAGUGUUUCAUCACAGCCUUACAAGCCCGUGUUUAUCAAAAUAACGUGGAAAUCUCGAGAUAUUUAAUAGAUAAUGGAGCAAAUAUAAACGUCUUGGAUACGCAUAAACGAAACUUACUUCACAUCGCCAUAAUGUUAAACUUCUACGAAAUUGCAGAACUUUUAGUAGAGAAAAAAAUUAACUUGAACGCUUUGAAUGAAUAUCAUUACACUCCGUUGCAUUACGCAGUGGAAAUAUUAAGGGAAAAGUUUGUUUAUCUUCUUUUAAUCAAUGGCGCAGACGUUAAUAUUUCCGAUUUGGACGACUAUACUCCUUUACAUGCUGCUGCUGCAAGAGCUGGCCCUAAUUUGAUAAAAUUGCUUCUAAAAUACAAGCCAAGAGAGCAUAAGACAAUCCAUGGGGACUUGCCUGUUCACAUAGCUGCAAGAUAUUUAAAUUUACAUGCACUUUUAUUGUUACUAAAUAAGGAAAAUAUGACUGCCCUCAAUAAAGAAUAUAAGACACCUUUGCAAUUGGCAUGUGAUGAAGAUAAAGAUAUGAAAAAAUGGUUUAUUCACCAUGGUUUUUUUAAGGAUCGUUCUACUUAAUUGUGUUAAUUUAUUUAUGUAAACUUUUAAAAUAAAAAUAUUUAUUGUAAACAAUA